CUUAAUGCCGUGCAAGAUAAUCUUGCGACUCACCGCCUAGGGUUUUCGUUUUUAACACACCUAGCCAAUAAACUCCAAAGAUCUUUUCAGGCUAUAAGCAGACUUGCAUUCUUAGAGCAAGGCGGGUUUUUAUUAGAGACACGAAGAGGGAGAGCCAAACUAAAACAGUACCUUCAAAAAAGCGACCAGUUUAUUUGUCUACUCUAUGCGGCAAUGCACAUGACGAACGGCAUGCUAGCACGCGGAGAAGAGUUUAGGGUGUUACGCUGGGCUGACACAGUUUCUGUGCGGCGAAAUAUCUUCGUCUACAAAGGAAAGGUGAUUCUUGUUUUUUCGUACAACAAAGCAAACACCAACACCAAUAAUUCCUUUUAUAUCGUGCGGUCUCCCUGCCCCAUAGUACAGAGGAUCCUUUACGUGUACCUCGUGUAUAUCCGCCCGUUCCGCAGCCUUAUU